CGGCACAGGACGUGGCUUUCGACUUCUCGUCUCCUACAGCGUAAAGAUGCGAACUGAAACGGCGACAUUGGGCCUCGUAGCCUUUGCGGCCGCUCUCACCAACGCCGCGUCCACCACGCGCACCACCACGCAGACAAUCUUCCUCCCUCCACAGUCCACCGGCAGCGCCUCCAACAUCUACGCCUCCGUCAUCACCGAGACGGACUCGACGACGAAAUACCUGCUGGCCUGCUCCACCAUCUUCGCGUCUCCCUACAGCUGCGACGGGCCUUACAAUGGCGUGACCGUCACGUACGGCGCGUCGGAGAUGGACGUCAAGAUUGGCGCUGCCACGUACGAUUGCGAACUUGGCUCGUCGGCUGUCUGUGCGACCAAGACGGCUGCUUCGGCGGAUGAACGCACAACUACCCUGGAUCCCACUGCAAGCUCGGCGUGGAUGACGCCCAUCACCGUGCUCGACACGAGCAACAAGUCGUCCAAGAAGAAGUCUUCCUCCUCCAAGACCAACACUGCAGACGCAGCAGCGACCUCCAACAGCGCAGCGCUCUGCAAGCGUAGAACCACGACCAAUUCGGGUAGCGAUGGCGACAGUAGCUCCAGUUCCAGCGGCAGCAGCAGCAAGUCUUCAAAAAAUAAAGGCUCCGAUUCGGAUUGCUCGGCUGCUUCUACUGUCUCGAGGGAUUUGGGCGUUUUCGGCCUCUUGCUUGGUGCCGGCUUUGCUUUUGCGCUUGUCAUGUAAAAAUGCAAAGGAGCGUGGAGUUUACAGAUUUGGGUAGCAACGGCGAUGGGGACAGCGAUUAUUUGUCACGGUGCAAUGAAAUUUAGACUGAGAUGCAUUUCAAUAACAACGCCAAUCGAGCCUGCGGAAUUUCAAUAAAUUCUCCAGCACUGGCUCAAUGAAAAGGAAAU